AUGUCUCCAAACUGGCAGCCGCACAAGGUCUACCUGCCUCAGGGUCUAGCAUCCUUCGUUGUAGUGGGCGAGGCGUCCCAGGAAAACGGGAUGGCGAGCCCGAACUCUCAGAGUUCUCCGAUCCACGUGCAGGCAAUCCCGCUGCCAAUGGGAGCACAGAUGCAGCGCGACUGCCAGGCGAUACCACUAGCUCCAGCGGGAGUUCCUAUGCAGAGAGACGCGCAGGCGUACCCUUUCACAGCACCUGGUGCACCGGUGAUGCCGAUGAGGGAUUUCCAGGCAGUCCCCAUGCAGGGGCCCUUGCAUGCAAGGCCAAUGCCGCAAGAGGCCAAGGCUUUCGUUGUUGCGCAUCCCGGCCCCAACGCAACGCCUUUACAGCAUGAGUGGCAGGCCUAUCCCAUGGAGUCGUCGAGUUCAAGCCCUUCCAGUAUGCAGAAUGAGAACCAGGCAUACAUGCAGGGUCCACAACGCCCAGCGAGCCAGAUGCCUUUGGAGACUUUCGAGGGCCAGGUGACUACUCCUGUGCCACCUGGAGUGCCUAGCGAAGGUAGCAUUGGGCAUCCUGAGCUGUGCAGGCGUCCGUGCUUCUAUUUCGCGAAGGGCUGCUGUACCAAUGGGCUCGACUGUGGCUACUGUCACGCACAGCACGGCGAGAAGGCGCCGAAGCUGGACAAGCGCCAGCGCAUGGUGCUCCAGUCACUCCCGGAGAACAUGCUGUUGGAGAUGUUGAUGAGCCAUGUGCAGGAGAAAGCAGAAGAGAAACGAAUGACGUCAGCAAUGGCCGACAUCAUGGAUCUGUGGCAGAAGCGACUUGCGUACUUGGCCGUAAACCCGCCAGUGGUCUCAGCUGAGGAUGCCGAGAAUUUGGCAGAGAGGUAUGUACGAAACUUGGAUAAGAUCCUCCGCAGGAUGAAUAUUUCCGAGCUGAUCGCCUUGGCCAUCCGCAGUGCCAAGGAGGAGCAAGGCUACGUCGGUGACCUGCGUGAGGCAAAGCGGAAGGCUGUUCAAAGGCAGCUUUUCCCUGAGGCAGAGGAAAACCAGCAAAACUGGAGAGCUGUGCAAAGGGCUCUGGCAGUUAAGGGCUUUUCGAUGGCUGCGACGAGCACGAACGCAGCUUACGAGCGGGGUGCCGAUCCCUUGCAGCUUCAGCUUGAGUUGCAAAGUUCUGGCCGGCUAGAUGGCCAGAAGGCACCAGCUGGCCACGGCUCUGUAGCUCCACGCCGGGCUGCUGCACCCAGGACUGCAGCAACCACAAGUGCCACGAGUGCUCCGCUGACAAGUGCAGCUUUGGUGUGCAUUGCUGGUGUGACUGCGGCCCUGAGUGUGCGCACACGUGCCACGGCCUCUCCUGUAGUGACACAGGCCCUUGGUGAUGCGGGUGCUGCACUUCCGCCAGCAGCCACAACCUUCGCGGGUGCCUCUGUGGCCGCCAUCUCCGCAACCUCAGGCGCUGAAGACAGCUCAGAAUCAAAGACGAAGCGCCGCAUGCUCAUGCCCAAGAACAUCAAAUGGCGAAAGCCGCACAAGCCUCCUGUGAAGCCUUGGGACACCAACAGGUGGAAGUACAAAGGCGAGGCAUGGAGGGGUAACAAGCCCUACUUCGGCAAGUACGCAUUGCAGAUCUUGGAGGAGGCGUGGAUCAAUGCUCCGAACAUCGAGGCUUGCCGUCGAAUGAUGGUAAGAACCCUGCGAAAAGACGGUGGUAAAGUGUGGCUGAGAUGCUUUCCCCAUUCUGCCAUUACGUGGCGUGGAAAAGAGACACGAAUGGGUGGCGGUAAGGGUACCAUCCAGUACUGGGUUCAGUCAGUCCGUCCAGGAUACAUCCUUUUCGAGGUGGACGGCUGCAGCGAGGAAACCGCACGUCGAGCCUUCCACUACAUGAUCAAGUAUCUGCCUUUCAAGGCCCAUGGGCACACGGCGGUGUUCCUACAUUCUGGGCUCUGCCUGAGUGUCACCUACCGCUUCCGGCUGCAGCGCGAUCUCCGCUGCGAGACUGUCGAGUUGCAGCCCCUGGGUGCGCCUGGGAUGCUGAUCCGCAGCCGUAUUGGCAGCUUCUCGACAGCAGUCAGUUUGUGUGUAGGUAAUGUGUUUGCUGACGGUAAUGGCCACAACAUCACCUCCACAAGCUACGUCAGCAAUGGCUACACACGGACAGGCACUGCCAACCCUGUGCAUCGCCAUCAAGGCCGUAUCACGGCAGGCAAGCGAUCACGACGUGGUGGCGAAGGUCAAGGCACCGUGGGAGCCCCUGCUCCUACUGGUGGCAGUGCACUGUUAUCUGUUCCUACUCCCAUCCGGAGCACGAGUGCCCCGAGCCUUCCAGGUGAAGCACUGGUCUUCGAAGUGACGACCAAAUCGCCUGAACCCAGGAAGGGUGCAGUCAGCCCACUGCAGCACACGGCAGCCUCUCCACAGCCUGUGGCACAGACAACACAACUGACCCAGCCAGUGCCAGCUCAGCCAGCUCAGCCAGCACCUCCUGCACCGCAGCCAGUGUCGCAGCCCCCGCCGGUACUGCCUCAGACGACGGAGGUGCCGACUGAACAGGGCAUCGUGAAUCACCUUCCUUGGUUGUCGGAGAAGCGCACCACGCUCCUGCAGCUCCUUGCUGAGUGGUCUCAGAGUCACCGUGUUCUUGAUGACCUGACGGACCGACUUCGUCGUCUGGGCCGGGACCGACCCGCUGACCAGGGGCCUUGCGAGCUGGAGCCAGGGCGGCUGUCCCGUUUGAAGCCUUUGGACGCCUGGAAAUGUGCUGCUGGCAAGCUGUCUGCACGGGGCUUUGCCGCUAGCAAAGAUAGCGCUUGCUUUCUGCACAAGCGCCCGGUACGCUCUGUCAAUUUCAGCUGCGACGGACAGCUGUUGUGCACAUCCUCAGAGGAUGGUACAGCACGAGUAUACGAGCUGGAGACAGGCCGCAUGGUCAAGGAGGUCGAUCACGGAACCACAAUCUGGUGGUCGGACUUCAGCCGUGAUGGGUCGAUGCUAUGCACGGCCUCUGAUGAUCGAUCUGUUAGAGUCUACGACUGCAAAACCUGGAAGCUGCUCGAAAUGUUUGGGCAUGGGCUGCCUGCGAAAUGUGCGAGCUUCAGCCCGGAUGGCCAGACCGUUGCGACGGCUUCCGGUGAUGCCUUUGUGAGGAUCUUUGAUUUGGAAUGUGGAGACGAGGUGGCCAAGCUGAAACAUGACAGCUGGGUAAUCUCUGUCCGCUACAGCCCAGAUGGAAAGCUACUUGCAACAGGCUCUGCAGACAAAUGGAUCCGCGUCUUCGAUGCGACUUCUCCGGUGAAGCUAGUCUCGAAGAGGAAAUUCAUUGGCCUGGUGACUUCUGUGGACUUCAGCCCGGACUCCAGGCUCAUCUGUGCAAGCACAACUCGCACAGAAGAUCAGACGCAGAUCAUCGACGUAGAGAGUGGGCGGCGAGAGGUAGCCAUUGAGCAAGAUGCUCUGACUGUCUCUGCCAGGCCAGCAAUUCGCACAGUUUCAGAUGAUUGUAGCUUCUAA